GUCAUAACACCAUCCAUCCUCGGCGACGUGCGCGACGUCGAGCGCAAUGUCGCAAUGGGGUCAACCAGGGUUCCAAUACCCGAUGCAAACAGGGAUGAAUCCUCAGCUUCAGCAGGGGUUCCAGCAAGGAGGGCUCGCUCCCCAGCCUACGGGUUUCCCAGGUCAACGUCCGGGAGGGUAUCUGCAACCACAGCAAACAGGAUUUCCCGGUGCGCCAGGCUUUCAGCAGCCUCAGCCGACUGGAUUCCAGCAGCCGCAGCAAACUGGAUUUCAGCAGCCGCAACAGACAGGGUUUCAAGGUCUAGGCAGUAACUUCCAGCAGCGCUCUCCAGCACCGCCGGUUCCUCCUCUUCCCUCACAAUUCCAGCAACAGAAUCAAGGUCCGAGCUUUCUGGGUCCGCCUGGACAGCAGCAGCAGCAGCAGCCAAGUCGUUUCCUACCAUCCAGUCUUCAACCACAACCAACUGGGUUCCCUGGUGCGGGUGGUAACUUUACAGGACUGGGUCGCGGCGGAGGUCCUGGCGGUAUGCCUCCGCCGGCGGCCCCUCUCAUGCCGCAGAUGACGGGCUAUAUAGACCCUCGACUGCAGAUGAUGUCCAGCUCGUUCAUGCCAGUCAAUCCAUCAGCUCCGUAUGGCGCCGGUGGGAUGCCUCAGCUUCCGCCGCAGCCGCAGCAAAUGGGUGCGCCCUCACUGGUACAGUCAAUCCAGCAGUUUAAUGAGGAGACCAAGGGCACGACGGCGCUGAAGAUGCCUUGGACAUUGUCGAAGGCGGAGAAGAAGAGUUACGAUCAGAUGUUCCGGGCAUGGGAUGCUAAGGGCACUGGGUUCAUCGACGGCCAAACCGCUCGGGAGAUUUUCAGCCAGAGUGGACUGGACAAUAAUGAUUUGGCUCGCAUAUGGACUCUUGCCGACGCUGAUAAUAGAGGGAAGCUGAAUAUUCAGGAGUUCCAUGUUGCCAUGGGCUUGAUAUAUCGUCGAUUAAACGGCAACCCCAUACCGGACGAACUCCCUCCUGAACUAGUCCCGCCUUCACAUCGUGAUCUCGACGACUCUGUGGACUUCCUCAAGCGUGUACUGAAGGAUGAGACUCGUGCACGCUCUCCCUCCGGUCUUGACACGCCGGUUUCUAGGCUAAAGGAGCGAUCCUUCACCAGCUCCGGCGCUCCUGGGGCGGGUGGACGACAGGAUGCUACUGUAUACAGACACCAAGAUCCUGAGCCGGGUCGUUUCUAUCAGCCACGCUCUCGCCAUCUCGACCGCGAUGCUGUGCGCGUAGGGAAUGAGAGCCCCGCCGAUGAUCUGUCGGACAUCAAGCGGCAACUUGACAACACAGCCAAGAUGCUCGACCGCGCUGCUGAAGAGAAUGCGUCUCGUACUGCCGAAGACGAAGCGCUGGAGCGGGAAUUGUCUGAUCUGAAGUAUCGCGUGAAACGCGUGCAGGAAGACUUGGACUACGUGUCCAGACCACCCAGGUCACCUGCUAAGGACGAGGAGCGGAGGAGGUUAGAGCGAGAGCUCUUGAAGUUGAUGCACGAGCGUGUGCCCGAAGUCGAGCGGAAAAUAAAAGACCGGGAAGAACGCAAAGAAAGGGAGAAACGAGACUGGGCGCGCGAGCGCGAUCGUAGAAAUGACAGGUUCGGACGCUAUGACGAUCGCGACGAUACGUAUUCGUCUUCGAGGAGGUACGACGAAGCGUCGGACCGUGACCGCGGGCGUUAUACGAGCUCGUAUGACAGAGGAAGGGACAGGGAAUACAGCAGAGAUCGAGAUUACGACAGGGAUCGCUCCCGCCCCCGCGAAGCAUCGUACGAGCGUCGGGAUAGGGAGUACGACCGACCUCGAAGUCCACCUGCCGCUCGCUCGCCUCCACCUCCUCCCCCUGUUGCUCCAUCGACUACGCUCAGCAAGCCACCACCGCCAGCUCCCAGUGCGUCUCCGGCUCCGGGUACCAAACAUAUGACCCCUGAGGAGAGGAAGGAAUUCAUUCGUCAAGAAGCCCAGCGGCGUAUGCAGGAACGUAUGGCUGCACUGGGCGUGGCUCCUACCGGUGCUGGCACCAAGUCUAUAGAUACCAGCGUUGCUGAUCGCUUAGCUCAGGAGAAGAAAGAGGCGGAAGAAAAGUCAAAGGAAGCGGAGAGACUCGCGGAAGAGAGAGAGCGGCUUAGGAGAGAGCGUCUAGAGAGCGAGAAGGCAUUGAAAGAAGGGCGUGCGACGCCCCAGACUCCUGCGACACCAUCUACUCCUGUACCUCCCACCCCGACAGCCGCAACACCGAAGCCGCCUGCUCCCCCUGCGCCGAAGAGGGCUCCAGCACCUCCGCCGCCUAGGAAGGGCGCCGCACCCCGCCCUCCAGUCACCCCGCGAGCGUCGGCGCCUGUGUCUCCAACACCUCCAGCACCCCCAGCUGUAUCCGCUCCUCCGCCUCCCCCGCCAGCCGUCGCGAUCUUACCAGUUGAGCCGACUGUCGAUCCUGAGGAGCAACGUCUGAAAGAAAGAGAAGAGGCUCUACGCAAGCAGCGCGAGGAACGCCUGGCUCGGAUUCGGCAGUUAGAACAAGAGGAGGAAGAAGCUCGUAAAGCAGAGGCACAGUAUCAGGCUAGGAGGCAGGCAUUCCUUAACGCCGAGAGUGCGGCGUCUCCGCCGCCUGCGGCCCCUGCGCCGGCAUCUGCCCCUGCUGCCAGUGCUCCCUCAGCUGAGCCCGAUCCGCAGGUGUCCUCGCUAGCUCCUCCCCCUCCCCCUCCCCCUCCCCCGCCACCACCUGCACCGGCUUCCCCGCCCACCAAGGCAGGCACCAAUCCGUUUAGUCGCAUGAUGAAGGAAGGGUCAGGGGCUAGCCCUGCUCCGGGCCUUGGGAACGGCAGCACCAAUCCGUUCUUCAGGCCUCAGACUGCUCCUCCUCCGGCUCCUCCUACUCCAACGUCCCCGGUCGUGUCACCACCGCCUAAGAGUGCUACUCCUGUCCCAGUGAAGUCUACAUACCAUACAGCUCCUUCAGAUGAUAGCGACUGGGAUGAUGUCCAAGAGAAGGAGGACGACGACAGCAGUGACGAUGAGAUGGCAGUAUCCCGUCAAUCUAGAAGUGCUCUGGCGCAAGAAUUAUUUGGUAAUAUCUUGCCGCCUGCGAGGCCUGAGUCUGCUGGCCCUGCCACUCCGAAGCCAUCGACCCCUGCGCCGCCACCACCCCCAGCUCCCGCCGCCCCUCCGGCACCAGCCGCCCCUCCGGCACCAGCCGCCCCGCCGGCGCCUCCGGCUCCUAUGGCACCAGCUCCCUCUCCGGCACCAGCAGCACCAUCAGCGCCUGCCCCAUCAGGGGAUCGUAGCGCUUUACUAAGUGCUAUCAAGGGCGGGGCAAGGCUCCGUAAGGCAGUUACUAAUGACCGUAGCUCAGCGCCGGUCGGCGGACGAGUCCUAGGUGAUGCAGCACCUCCGGAACACAUUAACGCUGCUCCAAGAGCACCUUCUCCGCCGUCUGUUGUGCCCGACGCUGAGCCCCUUGCCCCUGUGCAGCCGGAGUCAGAUGGACCAGCUAUGCCCACUAUGUCAUCGAUGGACUCGCGCUCGAGUAAUAGGCAAUCGGUGGACUGGUAUGCUGGUCUUGCGGCCGAACACGGUGGAACAUAUCAAGAGCAACUACCGCCUACCGUUGAAGAGGAGGAAGAGUACGAAGUCGUAGGAAAGGAAACUGCUGGCAUCCCUGACAUUCACGUCUCCGAAGAAGGUCAGGCCGCAAGCGAUCCCAUGGAAGACGUUGAUAAGACCAUUAGCUAUCGUGUUCGCGCUCUCUAUGCAUACGAAGGGCAAAGAGCAGAGGAUCUCAGUUUCGGGGAGAACCUCGUACUUACUGCCCAUCCGUCUAAGAGUGGUGGCGAUUGGUGGUAUGGUACUCUGGUUCGCGACGGAACAUCUGGAUUUUUCCCGAAGACGUACGUCCAGGUGCUCGACAAUGUUGUCAAAGCCAAGGCGUUAUACGCGUACACUGGUGGAAGUGCCGACGAGUUACCCCUUGCUGAGGGCGACGAAGUAGUCGUCGUAGACAGGAGUGAAGCAGAUUGGUGGAAGGUUGAACAGGGCGGCGUUAUCUUCAUCGUACCCGCGGCUUACCUGGAGGUCAUAGAGGAUGACCGAUUUCCUAUCAAGCAGUCCACUGAAUCGAAGGAACCCGCCGAAGUAGCUGCGGACUCUGACAAAGGAGGCCCGCCCGUAGCUCAAUCAGAUCCCGAAGACAGUCCUGACGGUUCCUCAGAUGACGAAUACUUAUCAUUCUCAGACUCGAAUUCGGACUCGGGGGAUUCGGAUACAGAGCGGACUGAAGAUGUGCGAAGGCGUGAACGGGAAGCUAGAGAGCUCGAGCGACAGAGAGUUCUUGAAGCUGCCGGUCUCGUCGUAAAGGAGGACGACCAUGCACCUCCAAAGCCUAUUCGGAAGAAGUCGCUACGUCGCCGUCCCCCACCAGCAAUUCCUCAGAGGUCGUCAAUGGUGUCCAUGUCGUCGGAGAAGGACCUUCCCCCACCGCCGCCACUCGACACGGACGAUAAUGUCAUCAGACUGGACGAUGCCUACGAACGAUACGAAGCAUUCAAGCAGAGAAAAGGGCACACCAGUCGCCUUUCGACGUCUUCUUUCGAAACAGGCCGUAGGACUCCCGGUCAAGAUUCGGAUAGGCGCAGCAUGCCCAUCAUCUCGGGACCUAUCAUGGACAGGCCCAUAACCCCCGUCCAACAGGAGAACGCUUCAUCUUUUGGAUCCUCAUGGUCGAGCCUUGUGGAUAAGACAGCACUUGAAGAAAUGCCUGCAAGGGAACGCCGGCGACAGGAGGCCACCUUCGAAUUGAUUGCCACCGAGGCAGCUUACGUUCGAGAUCUACAGCUCAUAGUCGAGAUUUUCUAUUCGAGCUUGUUGUCUAUCCUUGACAAGAAGGCUAUUACGGUCAUUUUUGCAAAUGUUGAGGACAUCUUGUUGACGAACACGACUUUCCUGAGCUCAUUGGAGGAGAGGCAGAAGGAAUGUCGUCUCUAUAUCGAUCGCAUAGGCGACAUUCUGGAGUCCAAUAUGUCGAAUAUGGGAGUCUAUAUGCGGCUGAAAGAGGAUCCGACGGUUCGAAACCUCGAUCUAUCGAGCUACUUACUAGUACCUAUGCAACGCAUUACAAGAUAUCCGCUCCUCAUCAGACAGAUUUUACAUUACACUGAGAUGGACGAAGAUAAAGAAAGAAUUAGCCAUGCGCUCGAGAUUGCCGAAAGGAUCUUGGACCAUAUUAAUGAGAGCAUUCGAGAGCAAGAGGGACGGGAACGUCUAAAAAGCAUUUCGCGCGACCUAUGGAUCGGCCAAGGACGGCUGGACUUGACUGCUCCUACUCGCUACAUGGGUCCGAGGCGUCUGCUUAAAGAAGGGUUCCUCAUGAAGGCUAAAAGCGGAAGAAAGCUUCGAGCAUUCCUUUGCAAUGACAUAUUGCUGUUAACAGACGAAGGCGCCAAAUCAAUAUAUCGCAUGCCUCUAUCGCUGUCAGAGGUGCAGGUGAGAGAUAUACCCGGAAGCAAAGACGACAGCACAUUCCAGCUUGCAGUUCUGUAUCCUCGAGGGGGGGACACCAUAAAUUUGAGGGCGACAUCCGUCCGGGAUUGCCAACUGUGGAUGGAGGCAAUCGAGUUAGCGUGCAGCAAUUGUGAGGCCGCUCGGAAGCGUGCUCUUCGCAAGAUCAAGUCCGGAUAAUACUACGCAUCUUUCCAAUAUUCCC